UUUUGUUUUGUAUUUUUCAUACAUAAUUUGCUUUCUUAAUUUAUUUUUUUAAUAGUAUUUCAUAAUUAUAGAUAAUAAAUAUUACUAGAAAACAUAACCUAAAUAUACAGCACUUUUAAUACGAAUAAGAAAAAGUAAGUAAAAACCAAUGAUCCCGUUAUCAAGCAAUGGAGUAUUAUCUGUGCAGUGAAGUGGAAUGGAAUCAGUAAUUUUCCAUGGCUGUGUUUCGAUCCACUUCUCCCAAUAUAAUAUUUGGGUACAUCCUGCAUUAACAAUUCAAAAAUGGCAUUCCGCGUUGAGUCCGAGAAAGAUUAUGGAUUUUUACUAAAAAGUUUAAUUGCCGGCGGGGUAGCUGGAAUGUGUUCAAAAACAACAGUAGCUCCACUAGAUAGGAUAAAAAUAUUAUUGCAAGCACAUAAUAAACAUUAUAAACAUUUAGGUGUCCUUUCCGGAUUGAAAGAAAUAAUUCAACGUGAACGAUUUAUUGCUCUUUACAAAGGAAAUUAUGCUCAAAUGAUUAGAAUAUUUCCAUAUGCAGCAACACAAUUUACUACAUUCGAAUUAUAUAAAAAGUAUUUAGGUGACUUAUUUGGAACGCAUACUCAUAUAGAUAAGUUUUUGGCUGGAUCUGCUGCUGGUGUUACCGCAGUUACAUUAACAUAUCCACUUGACGUGAUUAGAGCCAGGCUUGCUUUUCAAGUUGCCGGAGAACAUAUUUAUGUAGGGAUUGUACAUGCGGGUAUCACAAUUUUUAAAAAAGAAGGUGGUAUUCGAGCAUUGUACAGAGGGUUUUGGCCAACUAUUAUUGGCAUGAUUCCAUAUGCAGGAUUUUCAUUUUAUUCAUUUGAAAAACUUAAAUAUUUAUGCAUGAAACAUGCACCAAAUUAUUUUUGUGAAAAAUAUGACAGAAAUACUGGUGGUCUAGUUUUAACGAUACCAGCAAGAUUAUUGUGUGGAGGUAUUGCUGGUGCUGUUGCUCAAAGUUUUUCUUAUCCAUUAGAUGUUACUAGAAGACGGAUGCAACUAGGUAUGAUGGAUCAUAAUACUCACAAAUGCAAUUCUAGCAUGUCACAGACUAUAAAAACGAUAUAUGAAGAAAAUGGUAUUGCUAGAGGUCUGUAUCGUGGAAUGAGUAUUAAUUAUCUACGAGCUAUUCCUAUGGUAUCAGUUAGUUUUACAACAUACGAGAUCAUGAAACAAAUACUACAUUUAGACACUGGACUAAAAUUCUAAUUUAUUUAAUCAGAACACGUAUUUGUGAUGUCUCAGUUCUUAUAUUUCUAUUAGUGGUAAAACGCAAUCAAUAUUAAUAUUUUUCUACAAUUACUGGGACAAAAAUAUUGUUUGAUUUUUACUUUGUAACAUAGAGGUGAUUCUUUCAAUCUAAUUUAUUAUCUGUAUGUGAUAAAUUUAUGCAAGUAUGAUAUGCCACGAAUAUGUGAAAUAUAUGGAAAAUAUUUGCGAAGUAUACAUACAUAGAAUAAAUAUUUAGGGUGGACCAACUAACGUGACCACCUGAAAUAUUUCACUUGUUUUUAGUUAAAACAUAAAAAAUGUUCCAGCUACAAGUUAGAUGGUUUCGAAGGGGACAUAAUUUGAUAUUAUUAGCUUUUCGUAAGUGACCGCGUAGAAGACAUAUGAAGGUCACUUUUUUUUUUUAACGAAAUCGUAUAUUUUUCUAUUACAUUAGCCAACUUAGCUAAACAUUCUGUACAAAAAAUUAUUAAUCUAUAAAGCAUUAAUAAAGUAUUAACCUAUUUAUACCGAAAAAAUAUUAGCUUAACAGAUAUUCUAACUGCAAGCUUGAUUCAAAUUAGCAAUCGCAAUAAGAUCAGAUCACGCCAGGUCAGGUCACUAAUCAAGAGCAUCUUAUUUUAUUUCACUGAACUGCCUGUCUAUUGUAAAUGCUCGUACUGAAUUACGUGCUAGCGAUUUUGACAGGCGCCUGAUAUGACAUGAUUGGAUCGUACCGUGAUCGCUAGUCUAAAUCGUCCUUUAAUUUUAUCAAAUUUAGAUAUAGAGGUUAAGGAAAAACACGACAUUCUUAAGCUUAUGUUACCUUCAUCUUUCGUACGUUAAAUUUGACAAAUUAAAGUUAUAAUAUUUCUUAAACCAAUGGUUUUUCAGUACACAUAAAUCGGUUAAUACUUUUUUGUAGAGAAUGCCCAUAUGAAUCAGCUAAUGUUAUAAAAAAUAUAUCAUUUCAUUUAAAAAAUAUCAGUGACCUUCAUAUGUUCUUUAUGUGUUCGCCUACGAAAAAGCUAAUGUCAGAUUAUGUCUUCUCGAAACCAUUCAACUUGUACUUGAAACAUUAUCAAAAACAAGCAAGAUUUCCAGAUGAUCACGUUAGGUGAUUCGCCCUGUAGAAACACGCACACGCAUAUAUAUAAGCAGUGGUUGCUUACGUACAAUUGAUAUUAUUCUUUGAUAUCACAGUGAUAACUACUGCUGAUACAAAACUGAUACUAAUUACCCUAAUGCCGUGGUGAUAAUAUCAAAGUGUCACCGUUUUCUGAUACUAUGACGAUGAGCAGUGGUUAUAACAAGGAUACAUUAUAUGUGAAAAACUAUUUUUUUGUUUAUAUGUAAUUAUUAUUUUCAUAUUCGUUUUGCAAAUGACUGUUUUGAUUACAUGAAAAAAAGAUUGCAUUAUAUUUCAUAUAAUUAGUAAUAUCUUAUAUAUACAAUAUUAAUAAAAAUUUUAAUAACACUUUUUGUACAAUGUUACCAUGUUUAAAAAUUGUAGACCAAAGAACGUUAUAUAAUAGUAUAUUUUUAUUCAUAGUAAAUAGUAAAUUUACCAUAAACCAUAAUAAAUGGUUAUUAAUGUAAAGGAUACAUGUAAUGAUAAUUAAAGAACAAAAUGAUAAUUGUAAUUUCGAAUUUAUAAAUAAAUUAUCUUUUUUGAAACUACAGCCUUCAAUUUAUACCUCUUAAUUAAUUCCUUCUUAAUUAUGAGUGAGGACAGAAUAAAUUAUUUUAAAAAUUAUAAGAAUUGUAAUUUAAAUUAAUUAGUAAUGUACAAAAAAAACAUAAGAUGUUUCCAAAUUUUGAUGCUAAAACAAUACAAUAUAUUCAAGAAAUUAAGAAGAUAAGAAAGUUCGUGUAAAAUUUUAAAUAUUUCUUUGUUUGAUAAAUUAAUUUUACAUGAAUAAUAAUUGAUAACAAUGACUAUCAUUGUUGACUAAUUUAUCAAUUAAUAAUUCUACAGUGAUGUGUUAUUAUACAAUUUUAUCCAAUCAAUUUUUAUGUCAUAACUUUUUAACAUGCUUCAUCAAAAAUUAUCUUAAAACAAGAAAAAAUGUUUUUUGUUACACUGUUCAAAUUAAGUAGAUAUGUAUAAAGUGUAAUUAAAAUAUCUGGAAAUCACUACAAAUAUUGUUUUCUUUCGAUUGAAUAUCUUGAUAAAACUUUCUUCAAAACAGGGCAUGUAGUGUAUUAAGAAAACAAUUAUGAAUAUAGAUUUAUGUAUGAAUCCUUUUUAUUUAUUUAAUUUCCUGAAUACACUGUACGAAUUAUAUGCUAAUUAAUUUCAGAACGCUCUGUAUAGCAAUUUGUCAUACUUUAAACUUAAUGUCCCAUUAUCAGUAAUACAUUUGAAUAUUUUUAGUUAGUAAACUAUGCACUUUAAUAAAUAAUUUUGCUUAUUGCUGGUUCAAUUUGAAAUAUUUAUUUUUCAAUUGAGUGUCUUGUAAUAAAUGGUUUUUUGUACAUGUACUUAAGAUAUCACUAGGUUUAUGUAAUUUAUAAAUAUGACUUUAAUCAUAAAAAUUUACCUAUUUCUAUAGAAAUUUACUUUUAAAGUUUUUAUAUGUUAAAAUACAUGCGAAUAAUUAUUAUUUAUGUAUUAGUCUUAUGACCAGUAAUUAGUUUUGCUCAUAUCAUGUCUUGCACUACAGUAGUUCAAUGUGUAAAAAUGAUAUAAGACUCUCUAAAUAUGAUAACAUUUCUUUAUUUAUCUAGCUUCUGUUUAUAAUGAGACGACAUAAUAUCAGUUCAAGGCAUACUGUUUACUUUGCUUCAGCAAGCCAGUUUAAAAUUUGUAACUUAAUUUGUUCAAAAUACACAAAGUCUAAAACCAGGGACGCAUGCCGAAAGAUAAGAACCAAGUGCACACACAUAACUCGCAAUUGCUUGAAGUAUUUUCUAUGAUUGAUAUAAAAUGUUCCAAAAAAUAUUGUAAAAGAUAUUACUUCAAAUUGAUAUAUACAAUGUAGUCUGUAUGUGAUAUAUAAUAAUUAUAUACAGCUAUAAACUGAUUAUUUUACCCUGAAUUUAUAUACAUAACAGAUAAGUUUGAAGCGUUUUGUUUUAAUUUGAAUUUCUGCGUGUGCAUCGGUGAUCAAUCAGCUUUUGAUAAAAGCAUACUCAUUUUUAGCUUAGCUCUAUGAUCACUUUGUAAAAAUCUGCAUGUAAGUACAUAAAAUAUUGACAUUCAAAAUUAAAGUGAAACAGAAAUAACCGGAUUUAUGACUUUUACACUUAAAAAUAAGUGUUUUUAUCACAUUAUCUAAAGUAAAAUUUGACAAAUAAAGAAAUAAUAAUGUUGUGAAGUAUUGAAUCUUUAAGAAUUAACAACAUAUAAGAGUUUAUUUGAUAUUGAAAUUUAUGUCUUAUAUGAAAUACUUUAAAAAGAAAAUAAAUAGAGCAAAUACAAAAUUAACUAUACAAGCUCCAAGAACUAUUAUUGAUUUUACUAAAAGACGUACUUUUAAUUAACUCAAUCUGCUUCAUCUGCUGUUAUAUAAUACCAUAAUUUUUUUUUCUAUAUAUAGAAAAUUUUACCUUUAUUUCUUUUAUAACCCAGAAAAUAUGUGUAAUAUAUAAUAUAUAAAACAAAAAUGAAAAAAUGCUUAGCCCUGCAUUAAUGCAGAAAAAGUUACUGUAUCCACAAUGUUAUGGUUUCUGUGCUAUUUUCUUUUACAUUUACAGUCUUAGUAAAUUGCUAUAGUGUGCACCUAUACAUUUUUCGUUUUUUUUGUCUCUUUAUUGUUACUACUGUAUCGUUUCAUUAUGCAUAUGUUCAAAUUACAUGUUUAAUUCUAUGAAUUAUGUAUUCUGUGAAUACAUUCAAUGCUCAUGUAUACAAUGCUUGUGUAUUGACGAGUAUGAAUGAUUUGACAACACAUUAAAUUCAUUAAACUUGCAUUACACAUGUUUAUUUACCAGAAGCAUUAUUUUAUAUCUAUUAAUUAGUAAAAAAGUUGUCGGUAGGUUCAUAAGCAAUUAACUUUCAAUUUAAUGAUUGUGAAUGCAUGAAUUCAUUCAGUAUAAAGUGUGUGUUUCACUUAGGAAGUCUUGACAGGAUUGAUGCAAAAGUUUUCUUAAUCCUUAAAUUAUAAAACAUGAGAUAACCGACGACAUUUGUAUUUAAUAUUAAUAUUUAAAAAUUAUAUUUAGGCAAGCAGGUUUGAAAAAUAAAAACAGCAAUGAGCGUAACUAAAAUAAAAUAAAUGCUAUGGAAUAAACAUGACUGAUGGACUUGCACUAAAUUAUUUUGUAAGAUAAUUAUAAAAAUAAGACUUAUACAAAUUAUAUUUUGAUUUACUUAAUAAAACAAUGUCAAUACUAUAAGCAAAAUUAUUGACUGCGACGAUUGUGAUUAAUUAAUACGUAUAAUGCUAUGUUACAAUCAUUAAUAAAAUUCACUAGAGAAUUUAUUCAAUUGUUUAUAUGGCACGAUUUGUAUAUGCCAAAUUUACUGUUGCAUCAACCCUUUGUAUAUUUCCUUCAAGUGGAACAUUUCAUGCUCCAUUCACACUAGCAAUUAUGUGACACUCUCUUAAAUAUAAACUAUUAUUAUUUUGGUACACUUUUUGAAACCUUAAACAACAUUAUUUCUAUUCAGUACACGCAACAAAUAAUUUUGCUCGUAUAAACAGUUUUUCAAUAAAUUAAUAUUUCUUCAAGGUUUCAAACAAUACCAUGCACAGUUUUUUAUUCGCACUACUUAUUAUGUUCAUUUCUUCUGUUUCGUUUCUUGAUAAUAAAAAUACAAGCAAUACAAUGAAAGUUGUAGAACUCAAUGUGAUACGUGAAUUUUAAUUGGUACGUGUGUACAUUAUUGUUUGUUUUUUUUUUCUAUUUGUAUACAUUUAAUGUUGUGUCUACAUGAAUGGUGUGGGACACGCGCAAAAUACUCGGUUGUGUGCCAUCUCUCAACAAGACACCACAAAGAGUCAUGAUAUAAUACUUGAGACUAUAAUGUAAUGUGUAAGGAUAGCUGCAACCUCACACUUUAUUGAUGUUCUAUCAUAAAUUAUGUUCAGUGGCAUUGCUAUGAAGCCUGAAUCAUUUCUGUACCCCUACCUUAAUAGAUAACUCAGGGGUUUUGAUUGUUUACAAGAAAUAAUCUGGUGUCCGCCUAGUAACAUGCGGCUCACCGCGCCUUGGAGCUGGAUCAAAUUGAA